UCACCCAAACUUCACAAUUUGCCGGCAUCGGUGGGUUAUGGUCUCCAUCAGUAGGCAAUUUUUACAGUUUUCGUUUUAAUAAUUUAAUCUAAAUGGAACGAUACAUAUUUAUCAUUGUGUUACUGGUGUGUUGUCUGCGUGCGGUGCGGUGCUACAGCUCCGGAAAGGUGACUGGGGCAUGUGACAAUAUGACACCGCAACACAAAAAAGGCGCGCAGCAAAGCCCCGCUCCAUUCUCUGUCACCACUGACCGGUUCAGCUUCAAGGAGGGCGAUGAAAUUAUCGUCCGGCUCCUGGCAGCUUCCACUCCAUUCAUUGGGUUUAUGUUACAAGCCAGAGAGGUUGGAGGAAGCAGUCCUCUGGGAUCCUUCACUGUAACAAGUCGAGAGGCCCAGCUACUCACCUGUAACGGCCUAUCUAAUUCUGCAGUUUCUCACACAUCAGAUUCACCUAAAUCCUCCAUCCAGGGAAUAUGGAGGGCCCCCAUAUCAGGCAACCUCAACUCCAUCCAAUUCAGUGCAUCCUUUGUAAAAGAUUACUCCACCUUCUGGGUUGGAGUGAAAAGUUCUCCAGUCACAUACAACAUCGCUGCUGCACCCCGAACUAACAGCAAAUCCAUAUCCAUCACCUCUACCUCCUCCUUCGCCUCAUCCUCAAAAUUGUCCAACUCCAGCACUGGAUGUGGCAGCACUAAGGUCUGUUUCAGCCAACCUCUGAACUGUGACCCUGGGGUCAGCCCAGACUGUUACUACCUGUCUGCUAUGACUUCUCCCGGUGACACAGCCAUCCAGUUGGAGAUGACUGGCCCUUCAGAUGGCUACAUCGCCAUCGGCUUCUCAGAUGACCAGAGGAUGGGAAAUGAUGACAUCUAUAUUUGUGGACGGGACAGUAGCGGGCUCAUCCAAUUGCAACACGCCUUUUCAACAGGAAGGAAGAUACCGGACAUACUUCCUCUGGGAAAUGUUUCUGAUGUUAAAUCCUCAGUGAAUAAUAGUAUCAUUAGCUGUUCCUUCACGACUAGGAACCCCAUUUCAACUCAGCGAUCCGGAGGGUCCAGUUCCCUCUACUAUCUCAUGAUCGUUCACGGACCCUCCAGUAGUGGGACAAUCGGCUUUCAUACUGGCACCUUCAUCAGUGACACUAAAGUGGACAUUUCAAGUCCUCAAGUUGUUACAAGUGAAAAAGAGCCACCUAUUAUUAAAGCACAUGGUUCCCUGAUGUUGAUAGCGUGGAUGACCACGGGUAGUUUGGGAAUGGUCAUAGCCAGGUAUCUGAAAGGUGUGGCCAAGGGGAAACAUUAUUUUGGGAAAGAUGUUUGGUUUCUGGCGCACGUGUCUCUUAUGACACUCACUGUUGCCGCCACCAUCAUCGCCUUCAUUUUGGCCUUCUCAGAAGUUGGAGGCUGGAGUGGGGGAGCCCAUCCUGUGUUGGGCUGCAUCGUUAUGAUCCUGACCUUCUUCCAGCCUAUCGCUGCCAUGUUCCGAUGUGGACCUCAACAUCACUGGCGAUUCCUCUUCAAUUGGUCGCAUGCUUUGAAUGCAGUGGCAAUAAAAGGUUUAGCUGUGGCAGCCAUCUUCACUGGGCUGUCGUAUUUUAGCACCUCUGAGGAUAGUUGGCUUCUGAAGGUGAUGGGUGGGUUUGUUGGAUGGGAGGCAACGAUGUACAUCCUGCUAGAACUCCACAUGCGCUGGAAGCUCAAUGAUCAUGCAGAGAGGGCUUCUGAAUCGACAAGAAUGGAGUUGGUACUGCUGGUCUUGUUUUUCCUUGGAAAUAUAGCCUUUUUGGUGGCACUACUUGUUGGAAUUGGCUCGUCAUGAAGAUCUGCUGAGCAAUGGACUGAGAUCGGAAUGUUGUGAUACAGUAUAUCUAUAAAAUAGCUCACUGUACAGUAUAUUUUUAAGUUGUUUUAUAUUUGUUUGUUGUCAAAUGUUUUAAAGUAUCUGUCCAUUGAUUGAGGAUUGAAUGCGAUCAGAUCAUCAAUUUAUACAGUAUCCCUCCAUGUAAGUAUGACAGACUUUCCACGAGGACGGGUAUAUUGGAAAUUUAACCAGGGUUUAUUGACUGACACUACUUUCUUAACACAAAGUAAGGAAUUCUUAACAUACUUUUUCUUGCACAAUACUGGUUCAGUGGACCCAAUUAUUGUACCUUUAGAAGCCAUUCAAUUACAUUCUCAUCCCUAAAAAGGUAUCGGUCAACAGAGAGAAGAAUUUCAACAGAAAUAGAACAUCUAACAUUACACAUCAAUGGUGUUGAAUGUACUACAGAAUCCCUGAAUAAUCUACACACAAAACAAAAGGAGAUUGAGGAAUUUAUUCAGGAAAGACCGAGUUUAUUAUUAUUUUGUUUUCCCAGAGCAAAUUCAAUAUAGUAACCCGACCAAAAAGAAACUACAGAAAAAAGUUACAAAGGAGAUUCUGAACGAGGAAGGUCCUCCAACCUGAGUUGAUGAUGAGUUUUGUGAUAUACAGUACCAUUCAAAAGUUUGGACACACCUACUCAUUCAAGGGUUUUUCUUUAUUUUUACUAUUUUGUACCUUGUAGAAUAAUAGGGAAGACAUCAAAACUAUGAAACAACACAUAUUGAAUUAUGUAGUAACCAACAGUAUAAAACAAAUAAAAAUAUGUUUUAUUCAAAGUAGCCGCCCUUUGCCUUGAUGACAGCUUUGCAUACUCUUGGCAUUCUCUCAACCAGCUUCAUGAGGUAGUCACCUGGAAUGCAUUUCAAUUAACAGGUGUGCCUUGUUAAAAGUUAAUUUGUGGAAUUUCUUUCCUUCUUAAUGCGUUCGAACCAAUCAGUUGUGUUGUGACAAGGUAGUGGUGGUAUACAGAAGAUCUCUUUGGUAAAAGACCAAGUCCAUAUUAUGGCAAGAACAGCUCAAAUAAGGAAAGACAAAAGACAGUCCAUCAUUACUUUAAGACAUGGUCAGUCAAUCUGUAAAAUUUCAAGAACUUUGAAAGUUUCUUGAAGUGCAGUCGCAAAAACCAUCAAGCUCUAUGAUGAAACUGGCUCUCAUGAGGACCGCCACAGGAAAGGAAGACCCAGAGUUACCUCUGCUGCAGAGGAUAAAUUCAUUAGAUUUAACUGCACCUCAGAUUGCAGCCCAAAUAAAUGCUUUACAGAGUUCAACAGACACAUCUCAACAUCAACUGUUCAGAGGAGACUGCGUGAAUCAGGCCUCUAUGGUCGAUUUACUGCAAAGAAACCACUACUAAAGGACACCAAUAAUAUGGAGAGACUUGCUUGGGCCAAGAAACAUGAGCAAUGGACAUUAGACUGGUGGAAAUCUUCCCUUUGAGAUUUUUGGUUCCAACCGCCAUGUCUUUGUGAGACAGAGUAGGUGAACGGGUGACCUCUGCAUGUGUGGUUCCCACCUUGAAGCAUGGAGGAGAAUGUGUGAUGGUGUGGGGGUGCUUUGCUGGUGACACUGUCAGUGAUUUAUUUAGAGUUCAAGGCACAACUAACCAGCAUGGCUACCACAGCAUUCUGCAGCAAUAUGCCAUCCCAUCUGGUUAGCGCUUAGUGGGACUAUCAUUUGUUUUCAACAGGACAAUGACCCAACACACCACCAGGCUGUGUAAGGGCUAUUUGACCAAGAAGGGGAGUGCUGCAUCAUAUGACCUGGCCUCCACAAUCACCCGACCUCAACCAAAUUGAGAUGGUUUGGGAUGAGUUGGACCGCAGAGUGAAGGAAAAGCAGCCAACAAGUUCUCAGCAUAUGUGGGAACACCUUCAAGACUGUUGGAAAAGCAUUCCUCAUGCAUUUGGUUGAGAGAAUGCCAAGCUGUCAUCAAAGCAAAGGGUGGCUACUUUGAAUCUUAAAUAUAAAACAUAUUUUGAUUUGUUUAACACUUUUUUGGUUACUACAUGAUUCCAGAAUGUGUUAUUUCAUAGUUUUGAUGUCUUCACUAUUAUUCUACAAUGUAGAAAAUAGUAAAAAGAAAGAAAAACCUUUGAAUGAGUAGAUGUGUCCAAACUCUUAACUGGUCCUGUACGUUUCCCCAAAAAUCAUGUUAGACUAUCUGCUACACAAAAAUAUAUUGUGAAGGCCUAAUUUCACAGGACUAACUAUGAUUGGCAAUUGAUUACUUUCAGAUGGGGAAAAUGCCUGGCCUCGAAGGCAUUCCAAUAGAGAGAGGCUUUUUAUGAACUACUGAACGAUCAAUUAAUGUCAUGUUUUAAUUACUCGUAUAUAAACGACCAGACUCACAAAAUGAGAGACUGAUCUCUCUCCUACUGAAGCAGGAGCAAGGGGGACAGUAAAAGAGCCAGUCUCUUUAAAAAAACAUGGAGUCAACCCACCAUGCUAAAAUGUUGGCAAAAAUGUACUGCUCAUACAAUUAAAAAGGUCCUACCGGUAAAUUAAGAGUCAACAACAUUAUUUGGGUAUUAGCAAACAGAAUAUGAGCUUUAAAAUUUAGAUUAAAAAAAAUACAACAAGAUUUUCACUGGACAGUUACUUUAAAGAAUUUGGUGUGAGAAUCAUGCCACAUAAAUACCUAUUUUUUUCAUUGGAUGGCAAAGUUGUGUUUUAUACUCUGUCACAAUAUUAUCAUUAUAUUACAUGACAUUUAAUAGUGGGACUGAUUUAUAAUAAAGUGAUUUUACAAUA